UGAGACUCCGGGUCUUCUCUCUCUGGGUUCCAGUGAGUUUCCUCCGGUGCCCGGAACCGCCGCUCCGGAUCGGCCUCCAGCUCUGCGACCGCCACACUUCGUAUUCCCUCAAAUCCUUUUUGAUCGAUACACGCGCGCCGUUCACAGAGUGUUGGUGUACGCUGCGUGUUUCGCCGCUACUUCUGCAGAAGCAACAACAACAACAACCACCGAAAAAACUACAAAAAAUCUUAACCGAAAAGCUCGACGGACGCAUCUUACAAACGGAAACAUGUUGAUAAACACACGUGCGAUCCGUUGCGAUACUUCUUCACGUUCGCCGCCCCCCGGAGGUUCGCGUGCGGAAUGAUCGAGGAGGUCGGGGAGUGACGGACAUUUCAAGGUGAGGAUACGUAGCAGCAGCAGCAGGGCGGAGAGGAGGACGAUGGGCGACGGUCAGCAAGUGGUGAUGCAGGGCAAGAUCCGCUCGAAGUUGAUCUGGAGUUCGUUCAGGGAUUCGUACCUGGAGAAGCUCUACCAGAGCUACAGCGUCCGACAGAAGCGCGCCGGACUCGAAUGCUUCCUGCACACGGCCAUCCUCUUCGACCUCUACAUGCUGAUGGUGCCGAGCGGACAAGACGCUCUUGUCUUCGCGAUCAUGAGCGCCUUCCUCACGGCCAACUGCUGCCUCCUCGUCUGGUGCAAACGGGGAAUGCAGAAGUGCGCUAUUUGGCCUGCCGUUCCUCACAUCUGCUGGCAUCUGGCUAACGCUCAGCUCCUCGCCUCACUCUUCCUCAAGAAGAACGAGGUCACUUCAAGGGAUAGCUUAGGUUGGGUCCUCCUGCUCGACUACCUCAUCUACGUCACUCUUCCUCUCAGGCUCAGAUACUGCAUCAUCCUAAGUAUUGGAACGUGCGCUUCCUACUUGGCUGCGAUCAUCGGAUUGGCAAAGUUCGAAACGCACGUACUUGAACAACAUAUUGCAAAUUGUAUAUUGCUGUUGACCGCCAAUCUUCUGGGUUUAACGUCGUACUUUGUUGAGGAGAAGCAGCAGAGAAGAGCUUUCUUAGAGACGCGACAAUCAUUAGAGGUGAAACUCGUAAUUGAAGAGCAAAGCGCUGAACAGGAGAGGCUUUUGCUGUCCGUGUUGCCUGAGCACGUCGCAGUUCAGAUGAGGCAGGAUCUGGACAGUGCGGAUAGUCAGUUCAAGAAGAUCUACAUGAGCCGACACGAGAACGUCAGCAUCCUCUAUGCAGACAUCGUCGGAUUCACGGCCAUCUCAUCCACUUAUUCCGCCCAGGAACUGGUCAAGAUGCUCAACGAAUUGUUCGCUCGUUUCGACAAACUUGCAGACAAAUAUCAUCAAUUGAGGAUAAAAAUCUUAGGAGAUUGCUACUACUGCAUCAGUGGAGCUCCUCAGGAGAGACCGGAUCACGCCGUUCUCUGCGUCCAUAUGGGUCUUUCCAUGGUAAAAGCCAUCAA